CUGCCCCCACGCGUGCUCGGGCAUCCCCGCUGUCCCUCGAUCCCCUCAUCCCCACCAUCAACCCCACACACCAUGGAACCCUUCCCCACCCCCCUUGAAUCCCACCCAAAACCCAGACCACACGAUGAUGGCAGCAGCAACAGCGGCGGCAGCAUCACCCAGACCAAAUGAUGGUGGCCUUUUCCUGCUCCCCGACGCCACCACCCCAUGAUGAGGGCCAAUCCGCCGUCACGCUCCAUCCGACGGCCGCUUUCCAAUCCCUCCCCGACCUGUGUGCUUCUCCCCAACGAUCCGACGGUAGUCAUGGAAGCGAUGGGGCGAGAAAAGGCGACGACUUUUCGUGCGUUGGAUGGAGGAGCAUCACGCGCAAUGAAGGGGGAAGAAGCGGGCGGGGGCGGCCGCGUGCGCGCACACACGUAUCCAUCCCGUUUGCCUGCCUCCUUCCCAUCUCCCCCCCCACGCCGCAUUAAUUGCCCUGCAUCGGUUUUAAUGGAAAUGCCGGAAAUAUAUCUCGGCUUCCGAGGUUCCCAUCAUUAGCUGCAUCCGAAGAAGGAAGACCGAGAUACAUAUAUAGAUCGGUAGGAGAGCGACUGGGCUUCACAGAUACACAUACCCUCCUCUCUCUCUCUCUCUCUCUCUCUCUCUCUCUCUCUCUCUCUCUCUCUCUGUCCUUGCGAUCUCAGUGGUUUCGUUAUGGAGUGCAGCUGAAUUUGAUAUGCAGGGUCACAGGAAGCAACAUGCCGUGGGUGUCGCCGGCUGCGAAUUGCCACGGGAAGUGCGGUCGCUUGGUCGUCUUCUUUCGCGUCAUCCUGUAAAGUUCUCUGUCUACCUCUCUGUUGCCGUCCAGAUCUCAGACUUGACUCGAAACACAUGGUUGCAGGUGAGUGAGUCAGGCUGUUUGAGAUUGGUGAGAGAGGAGAUCUCUGAUUGCUGAGAAUGCACAUUGAGAUCGAUCUGAAGAGGCAUCGAACAGUGGAGAAGGUUGGGGAGACCAUAAUGCAUGUCAGGAUCAUUGCUUAUUGCCAAUUGUUGCAAGUUUGUCAGGCUGAGUACUUCCGUCAGCUGCUUAAGCCCGUAACGUAGGUGGAGACUGCUGCUUUCUUCUUCUUCUUCUUCUUCGUCUGUCAAAUUCCUAACUCAUCAGUGAACACCACCACCACCCACGAUCGACGACGGCAGUGGAGUAUGAAGAGGAACACGAGAUACUUUGGUGGAAAGAAGCCUCUUUCGGAGGAUGCAUAUGACUCCACUGCAGGUGCGCCUGUUGCAGGGCACGAGCCCCAUGGAUUCCCUGGGCCGCUCAACAACAUCCAGUUCCAGCCGUCGGAGACGUGCCCCAAGAACAUGGUCAUCUUCGACCAGACACAUCAGCAGAGCCGGGUCAUGUUCCACCCUUGGCUGGCCCACAAGCUCGGCUCGCCCAGCUUCGAUGCCUACGGAGCUAACGCCCACGAGGCCGGCAAGAGCGGGUACGGCAACGACGAGGAGGAGGCGGAGGACAUCGACGCAUUGCUGAGUUCCGAAGAAGGUGAGGAAGAUGAGGUGGUCAGCACGGGGAGGUCGCCGUCCAAAAAGGAGAAGAUGAAGAAGAUGGUAAAGACGCUGAAGGGAAUCGUGCCCGGCGGCGACGGCAUGGACACACCUGCUGUGCUUGACGAAGCCGUGAAGUACCUGAAAUCUCUCAAGGUCGAGGUGAAGAAGAUGGGGAUGAAGCACAACUGAAGGCGGUCAAGCUUGAGGAAACCUCGAGAAGCUGUGCUGUGCUGUGCAUGCCAUCAGGAGAAGUGGAGAUGGGUUGCUGUAGUUGUGCUGUGACUGAAAUGUGAUGGUCUUCUUCGUUGAGUACAGUGCUUGUAUUGUGUUUUGUUGUUCUGCCAUGGCAUUGAUGCAGGGGGAAUUUCGCCCCACUCUGUUUUGAUAUUGUGGCUUUGUACUACAAGAUUGUGGUUUUAGUACUCUGUCUUCUCUC